AUGGAGAGGUUUCGAGCAAAUCUGGGGUACCUCACUGCUGCUGGGAUGAGUGCCCGUGUCUACUGUGAAGACUUUCUCUUCCUGAAGGUGCACAGAACCAUGGCAGACCUAUGGUGGGUUUACUCCAAACCGGUCCCAGCAGAUGGCAGAGAGCUGUGGACCUUGUUUCUCCAGUGUUCCUGCAUUACAGCACUGAUAGGAGGCCUCUUUUACAACUGGAUGUUUGCUUCCCUGGAGUACUCCUGGCAUCUCUCCACUGCAAUGUCCAUCUCCUUCAGCCUGCUCCUUCUCCUGACCCUUUUCCUGGUGCAUCCUGCCCGCUGUGUCUUCAGUAUGGUCAUGCCAACGCUGGGCACCAAGCAAGGCCGGAAGCUUCUCCUGUCGACCUGCGUCGUGAUCGCGGCGGUGAACACAACACCCAACAUCGUCAGCAACAUCCAAACCAUCCUACAGGUCAUCAAGUGCAUCUGCAAGAACUCCUCUGACAGCCUUCUGAACUCCACUGCCCUGCUGCAGGCAGCCUCCCAGGAGUUUGGGGGUGCAAUCCAAGAAGCCGUUUAUCUGUUAACCUUUUAUAAGCCCAUGAACGGACAUUUUAAGUUUUCAUCGCUCCAGAACACCUCCUCCAUAUACCAAAAAAUGGACCUUGCAGGUGAGAAAAUCAGUAGGGACUUUUUGUCUGCUGAGAUACUGGUCAAAGACUCUGUACGAGUAGGCAACAGGCUGGUUGCUGGUUUCUCCAUGCUCUAUCUCUGUUUUGAGUCCACCUGGUACUUGAAAAAUUAUCUCACCAACCUCCGCUUCGACAAUUUUUACAUCACCGAGAAGCUGGAGCGUUUGGCUGUGGACAGAAAAGCAGCUCACCUGCUGGUGGGCUCAUCCAAAAACCUCAUCCGACCGACAGGCUUGAAGCUGUCCCGGGAAGAAGGGCUGCAGUGCCUCGUGCAGGCCGUGCUGCUCACCGUGGCCCUGCUGCUGAUGCUGCUGCUGGUGGCGAUGGAGCACUUUGCCUUCAGCGUGGCAGACACUGCGGUGAGGAAGGCAGCUCAGUUCUCCGUGGUGCCCAUCACCCUCCACAUCAAAUACAAGGCUAAAAUAGGGAUCCUGCCCUCUUUUAUCGAAGGUUUCGGGUUUCCUGCUGAGGAAUUACCACUUCGGGAUUUCGAGCAGAACUAUCACCAUUAUCUGAUCUCCAGCUCUGCCCACUGCAGGAUCAGCCCCUCAGUGCCUCCCAACCCCUCUGUGCUGCUCGUUGUGGGGCUGCUCUUCUGCAUCCUCUACUCCACCGUGUUCCUGGAAACCUACGCACGCCGCCUGUGCCGAAAAAUCGCCGCCUCCUUCUUCCCCAGCUGGGAGGAGAAGCGAGUGCUUUACCUCUACAGGAAGCUGUCCAGAAGGCAAAACAAGGAGCAAAGCUGUGUGAAGAACUAAGGGUGCUUUGGGAAAUCGAGGGGAUGUCUGAGACCUGUGGCAGUGGCUUGGCACAGGCUUCUGCA